AUGAGUGACUCCGCGGGAGAGCCCGCGCGCCUCCGGUGCUACCCGGAGCUCCCGGUGUGGGUGGUGGAAGAUCAUCAAGAGGUUCUGCCUUUUAUAUACCGGGCCAUCGGCUCAAAGCAUCUUCCUGCCAGUAAUAUAAGUUUUGUACAUUUUGAUUCACAUCCGGACCUCCUUAUUCCUGUGAAUAUGCCAGCAGACACAGUGUUUAACAAGGAAACACUCUUCGGAGAAUUAAGUAUUGAGAAUUGGAUUAUGCCUGCAGUUUAUGCGGGGCAUUUUUCUCAUGUAAUAUGGCUUCAUCCCACAUGGGCUCAGCAAAUUGAGGAAGGCAAACAUCGCUUCUUAGUCGGCAAAGACACGUCUACCACCACAAUCAGGGUUACAAGUACAGAUCAUUAUUUCCUAAGUGAUGGUCUUUAUGUACCUGAAGACCAGUUAGAGAACCAGAAACCUUUACAUUUGGAUGUUAUUAAGGUAAAACCUUAUGAACUCUGUAACAGUCGAGAAGGAAAUGAUGCUGUGUCUUCUGCUAAGAAGCCAAAGCUGACGCCAGAAGAUGUGGCAAACGCUGCCUCUCCUGACUGUGACUCUUACUCAGAAGAACUGGAAAAGGACCCAGUGACACAGACAAGUGGCCCAACUUGUGUGGACCCAUCACGUUCAUGUUCUUCUGAGAGACAGGAAUGCCAGGCUACAGUCCACACCGGGGAAACGCUGGAUAUUUUGAAGAAAGGAGAUGCAUUUGUGUUAGAUAUUGACUUAGAUUUUUUUUCAGUCAAGAAUCCUUUCAAAGAAAUGUUCACUCAGGAAGAGUAUAAAAUCCUGCAAGAGCUGUAUCAAUUUAAAAAGCCUGGAGCCAACCUAACAGAGGAAGAUCUGGUAGACUGUGUUGAUACACGAAUUCAUCAAUUAGAAGACCUAGAAGCCACCUUUGCUGAUUUGUGUGAUGGUGAUGAUGAAGACACUGUGCAGAGAUGGGCUUCAAACCCUGGAAUGGAGUCACUGGUUCCGCUUGUACAGAGUUUGAAACAACGGAUGGAAGUGCCAGACUAUGAAAUGGUUCAUCAGGCUGGUCUAACCUGUGAUUAUUCAGAACUUCCUCACCAUAUCAGCACAGAACAAGAAAUUGAGUCUCUUGUUCAGAGUGUAUAUUAUUUACUGAAAAACUUACCCAAACCUACACUGGUGACAAUUGCAAGGUCAAGCCUAGAUGAUUAUUGCCCUUCUGAGCAAGUUGACACCAUUCAAGAGAAGGUCCUCGCUGUGCUGCGCACUCUCUAUGGGACUCUAGACGUUCACCUGGCUUACUCGGCAGAUUCGUCUCCAUCUUGA